GUUAAAAGUAGUACGGCAGGGUGAGCCUUGGGUCGCGCUAGCGGACGGCCUGUGGGGUGGAAAUGCCGGUGCAUUCGCGGGAGAAGAAGGAAAGUAACCACAAUGACAUGGAGGUGGAUUACCCGGAGAAUGAGGGCAGCAGCUCGGAGGACGAGGACACGGACAGCUCCAGCGGCAGUGAGGAGGGGGACACCUCGGAGAUGGAUGAUGAGGACUGCGAGCGGAGGCGGAUGGAGUGCCUCGACGAAAUGUCAAACCUCGAAAAGCAGUUUACAGAUCUUAAAGAUCAACUUUACAAAGAACGUUUGAGCCAAGUGGAUUCCAAGUUACAGGAAGUGAUUGCUGGGAAAGCUCCGGAAUACUUGGAACCGCUGGCAGCUCUGCAGGAGAACAUGCAAAUACGAACAAAAGUCGCAGGUAUUUAUCGGGAGUUAUGCUUAGAGUCUGUAAAGAACAAGCACGACUGUGAGAUCCAAGCAGCACGGCAACACUGUGAGAGUGAGAAGCUGCUACUUUAUGACACCGUUCAGAGUGAAUUAGAAGAGAAGAUUCGAAGACUGGAGGAGGAUCGUCACAGCAUUGAUAUUACCUCAGAGUUGUGGAAUGAUGAACUGCAGUCUCGGCGGAAACGCAAGGACCCGUUCAGCCCCGACAAGAAGAAGAAACCUGUGGUUGUCUCUGGACCAUAUAUUGUUUACAUGCUACAAGACCUGGAUAUACUUGAAGACUGGACGACUAUUAGAAAGGCCAUGGCGACGUUGGGUCCUCACCGUGUAAAACCAGAAGGGGACAUAUUGCCUCACAGUGCAUCCAGGCAUGCAGCACCUGAUAUGCAAAGGACUGACCCCCCAUCUGUUACAGUAAAGAUGGAAAAGCAUCAGCACAGCGCCAGGUCAGAGGACGGUCGUCUGCAUUACAAUGGGGAGUGGUAUGGUCGAGGGCAAACCAUCUGCAUCGACAAGAAAGACGAAUACCCAACCAGUGCCGUCAUCACCAUGAUUAACAGUGAUGAGGUUUGGUUUAAGAGGCCAGAUGGCAGCAAGUCUAAAUUGUACAUUUCACAGCUGCAGAAAGGGAAAUACAGCAUCAAGCACAUCUGACUGGAGCAGGACUCUCCACUUGUCCGGCUGGAGAACUUUUCAGGACUGAAAUUGUGCCAAGUCAUGGGACUCUCAUUGUGAAGUAUAUUCGGGACCGUGUAUCUGAGCUUGUGGUGUAAAUCUUGACCGUGUAUCUGUACAGUGUUGUGUAGACCAUGUCCAGAUGAUCAUUUAAGACCCUCCUGAUGAGCCCUCCCAGCAUCCUCGUCCUCGAAGGCUUCGGCUGAAACGACGGAAGAGGAGAAGACCGCGUCCUCACUUGGGAUAGCAAUUAAAUAAGAUGAUUUUUAUUAUAUAUGCAUUUAUUUACUUCAAACAUGAGUUGAGCUCCGUGUAUGUAAUGUAAGAGUCUCUUUGGAGAGCGAUCAGCGCUCUUCUAUCACAAAUCUGAACGGCCGCAGGGUCGAUGCACACGUUCUAAUGCGUUCUGUUUAAAGAACCAACUAAAGUCCUUCACCUGCUUGGUUUGAAGUUUUCUUCAUUUCUAGGUGUGCCGCUUCCAUUCAGAUGAAGUAUCUCAUAGUUCUAGAAAGCUCUCUCGAAGAAUUAUGGAAACUGCUCUUAUUAAUCAAAAUGUUCUGCCAAGUAGAACUGCUUGGGUUACAGCUAAAGUUUUCGGGGGGCAUCUAUUCAGACUGCAAGUGUUUUCCAGGUAAAUCAGAAAAUCCAUUCAAAGGUAAAGUCUGAAUUGAAAUUUCCAAGGAUACCAGGUUCUUUUAGGUAGGCACCCAUAGCGUUUUUAUCUUUGACUGGUGUCUGUGAAAUCUGUACGAUAUGUAGGGAUCGCGAGGCUUGGAAUAUAGAAGGAGAUGACAUUUUGGCAGUGAUCUAUCUGUGGCCUAGACCAGAUAUAAAUUUGUCUUUUUUACGAGAGGGGGUUCAAAAUCAAUUGGGCCAAGUAUUGAGUAAACUAUGACCGUGGUUGUAUCUGUUGUCGUCUCAUUUUCCUUAUCACGAUAGAGGGUUUUUUAUGUCAAAAAUAAUGUGGCGUUUAUUGUUACAUUCAUUUACCAUUUGUGCCAACAUGACUGUGGGUAUUUUAUAUUUUAUUUCAAUAUAUAUAUAUGAAGUAA